AUGUCCCGGCUCCGCCUUCCCGGGGCCGCCUCAGCCAGCGCGGGGAUCCGCCGGACCCCCGGGAGCCCAGAGCGGCCGGGCCGCCCCCUGCCCCCCCCCGGGGACGCCGCCGGACGCCGCUUCCUCCUCCCCCCCCCCCCGGGCCGCGGGGGCUCCGGCGGGACCAGGGGGGGCUCCCGUUCCCCUUUUCCCCUCUCCCCUCGGGGGUCCCGUUCCCCCUCCCCAUCCCCGGGGGGCUCCCGUUCCCCAUCCCCGGGGGGCUCCCGCUCCCCAUCCCCUCCAUCCCCGGCCGGUUCCCGUUCCCCGUCCCCACCGGGCGGUUGGGAACCGGCCCGAGCGGCUUUCGGCGAGCUGCGGCUGGAGGAGGUGAUCGGGGCCGGCGGUUUCGGCCGCGUUUUCCGGGGGACCUGGCGGGGCCAGGUGGUGGCGGUGAAGGCGGCGCGGGGCGACGCGGGCGCGGCGGGGGCGGCGAGCCUGCGGCGGGAGGCGCGGCUCUACGCCCGCCUGCGGCACCCCAACGUGGUGGCGCUGCGAGCCGUGUGCCUGGAGCCCCCCCACCUGUGCCUGGUGAUGGAGUUUGCCGCGGGGGGGCCGCUCUCCAGGGCUCUGGCCGGACGGAGGGUCCCCCCCGCCGUCCUGUUGGACUGGGCUCGCCAGGUGGCGCGGGGGAUGCGGUACCUGCACUCCGGGACCCCCGUGCCCCUCAUCCACCGGGACCUCAAGUCCAGCAAUGUUCUGCUGGCCCAGCCCGUGGUGGGGGACGAUGUGAGCGGGAAGACGCUGAAAAUCACCGACUUCGGGCUGGCCCGCGAGUGGCAGCGAACCACCAAGAUGAGCGCGGCCGGCACCUACGCCUGGAUGGCCCCCGAGGUGAUCCGGGCGUCCACCUUCUCCAAGGGCAGCGACGUCUGGAGUUAUGGGGUGCUGCUGUGGGAGCUGCUGACCGGGGAGGUGCCGUACCGCUGGGGCAUUGACGGGCUGGCCGUGGCUUAUGGGGUGGCCGUCAACAAACUGACCCUGCCCAUCCCGAGCACCUGCCCCCCGCCCUUCGCCCAGCUCAUGGCAGCCUGCUGGGAGCAGGACCCCCACCGGCGGCCGGGCUUCGGGACCAUCCUGCGGCGCCUGGGGGGGCUGGAGCCGGGGGGGCUGGGGCCCCCCGAGUCCUUCCACUCCCUGCAGGAGUCCUGGCGCCGCGAGAUCCAGGGGCUCUUCGACGAGCUGAGGGCCAGGGAGAAGGAGCUGCGCAGCCGGGAGGAGGCCGUGGCCAGGGCCUCGCGGGCCCAGCGCUGCCAGGCCGAGGCGCUGCGGCAGCGCGAGGCCGCCGUGGCGCGCAGGGAGCUCGAGGUGCUGGAACGGGAGCUCAGCCUCCUGCUCAGGGGGCCCCCCCGGCCCCCCCCGGCCCCCAAGAGACGCAGACCCCCCUUCAGGAGGCCGCGGAAACCGGCGGAUCUCAUCGGGAUGCCCCAGGAUUUCAAGCACCGCCUGACUGUGCAGGCAUCCCCCGGGGGGGACCCCCGGAGCCACGACCCCGAGGAUGGCCCGGGGGAAUCCCCCCCCUUCCCCCGCCUGCGCGCCAUCCAGCUGGAGCCCGAGGAGGAGGAGGAGCCGCCGCGGGGCCGCGGGGGCCGGGCCGGUGCCCCCAAUGGCAGGCGCCGCCUCCGCCCGGACGAGAGCACCUGGUACCUGGACACGGAGGAGCUGAGCCCGGGGGACGCCUCCCCCAACGGCGAGGCCGGGCCCGCGGAGGCCGAGGAGGGUCGGGGGUCUCGGGGAGGGACCCCCCGGCUGCUGCGGCGGGCGCUGCUGAAGGGCUCGGCCCUGCUGGCCUCGCUGGGGCUGGGCCGGGACCUGGCGCCCCCCGAGUCCCCCCGCAGCCCCCCGCCAUCCCCCGGCCUCCUGCGCCUCUCCCCGCGCCGCUGGGAGCGCAGCCUGGCGUCCCCCGAGUCACCCGGGACCCCCGAGACCGGGCGGGCCUGGAGCCCCGGGACCCCCGAGCCGAGCCAAGCCCGGAGCCCCGGAUCCCCCGAGCCCAGCGGGGUCCGGACCCCCGGGACCCCCGAGCAGGGGCGAGCCCGGAUCCCCGGCUCCCCGGAUCCCAGUGGAAUCCGGACCCCCGGGACCCCCAGGACCCCCGGGACCCCCGAGCAGAGGCCAGCCCGGACCCCCAGGACCCUGGAGCUGAAUUGGUCCUGGACCCCCGAGCAAGGGGGAGCUGGGACCCCCGGGACCCCCGAGCAGGGCCGUGCCCGAACCCCCGGGACCCCCGGGACCCCCGGGACCCCUGAGCCACGUCGUGCCCGGACCCCCGGGACCCCCGAGCUGGGGCUGCAGCCGUCACCCCGGGGGGCCCGGAGACCCCGAGAGCUGAGCCCAGCCGGGACCCCCGAGUGGGGCCCCGCCCGGCCCCGCCCCUCCCCGCUCCGCCCCCGCAUCGAUCCCUGGAGCUUCGUGUCCGCGGGGCCGCGCCGGGCCCCGCCCCCCGCCGAGCCCCGCCCCCGAGACCCCUUCACCGACCAAUGAGAGCGCCCGCUGCGCCUUGGACCCGCCCCCGCCACCCUCCGCCGACCAAUGAGCGGCCGCGACGGACGGAUUGACAACAGCAAGCCCCGCUCGCACACGAGGCCACGCCCCGCCGGGCAGUGAUUGACAGCCGCGAGGCGGAAGCCCCGCCCACGCUGGCGCGCCAUUGGGCAAAGCAAAGGGCAUUACAAAAGCCCCGCCCCGUCCUGGGCGGGGCCUUACGGCAGGAAACCACGCCCCCCUCCUGGGGCAAACCAGGAAGCUCCGCCACGAUUGGUGGGCGCGCUGAGGCCCCGCCCCCUGAGCGGAAGCCCCGCCCCCGGGCGGUCCCGACACUGGACGGGGGUCCCGGGAGCUUCGGGGGGCGACUGUGACCAAAUAAAACUCCCGA